AUGGGUGGCGGACCCAAGAAAUGUUUGUCUUUGGUUGGAUUCAGUCUUCUCUGUCUUAAAAUGGUUGCUUCAGCAAAAACAGCUCCGGAAACACCCACUAUUGACCAGGCGUAUUCAAAACUCAGCAACAGCAUCACUGUGGAGUGGGCCUCAGUGCCGGGGGCCACCAGCUACCUCCUCACAGCCAAAGAUGGGGACACUGUCAUUGAAACCAUGGUGGCCAGUUCCCCAGGCACUGUGACAGGCCUGAAGGCUGCCACCUCGUACCAAAUCACGGUCAGGUCCAUCAGUGCCACGGGGAAAAGCCAGGCCUCACCUCCGAAGCAGGCAAAGACAGUGUUGGCCGCACCAGUUCUAGAAGUAAGCUCCCCGAGUUCAGACUCCAUUCUCGUUCAGUGGGAAGCUGUGCGUAUGGCCGUCGGGUUCUCCGUGUCCAUCAUGCGAGCCAACGGUCUGGGCAGAGUGUGGAAGGAGAACACCACAAACACCACCUUGACAUUCACCGGCUUGGACCCUGGCACCCUCUACACGGUCAAGGCCUAUGCGUGGAAUGCCAAUGGCGCCCCCGGGGACGACUCCACCUGCAACCAGAGAACAAGUCCUCGUGCCCCUGCGGACAUUGAAGUCUCUUUCAACAGCGGGGCUCUGCAGGCGUCUGUGUCGUGGGCCCCGACGGAAGGCGCUGUCAACUACACGGCGACAGCUCAGAGCGCCUCCUCCGAGCGGAGCUGCAGCACCCCGCUCAGGGCCUGCACCAUCUCCUCCCUCCAGUGUGGAACGGAGUACCUGGUUUCCGUCCUCGCCAGGAACGACGCCGGAUCCAGCAGGUCGACUUCAGCAGUGACCCUGAAAACCGUGGCUUGUGCCCCUGGAAGAGUGACGAUCCAGGAGGACCCCCCCGGCCACCUGUCUGUGUCUUGGUCCCGUGUAGACCUGGCGGAUUACUACGUGGCCUUUGUGAAGAGUGACGAUGGCUGGGAAGUUCACUGCGACACAUCCCUCACACAGUGCGGCUUCCCGUCUGAAUGUGGCUUCACCUACUUCAUCAGUGUUUUCGCCUAUAACCAGGCGGGGCAGAGUCCUCUGGGUGACGUGUUCAAUUACACCACAGCUCCCUGCUGUCCCAGCGACAUUAACCCUGUGCUGGUGUCCAGUGACAGAGUCGAGAUCGUCUGGUCCCCCGUCCGUGGUGCCGAACUGUAUGAAACCAAGGCCGUGGGCAGGGUCAACACCGUCGAGUGCAACGACACUGCUCCUGCUUGCACCCUCUCGGCUCUGGCGUGCGACACCCAGUACAACAUCACCGUGUAUUCCUUCAGCGAAGUCCGGGGCAGCAACACAUCCUGUGCCUCCCGAUUCAUAACCACAGCUCCUUGCAGUCCUGAAAUAAGUGUUUCGAAGGACACCUCCUCCGUGAUCCACGUGCACUGGAGAUCCAGUAACGAGGGCACUACCUACACAGUGACCGCCCGGGGCGAGGACGGGCUGUACCGGUGCCGCAGCACAGGGCAGUCCUGUGCCCUGGCCGGCUUGCCCUGUGGCUCCGUGUUCUCUGUCACCGCGGUGGCCGAGACCCAGGCGGGACGCAGCCUGCCCAGCUACAGCGUGCCCCUGGAAACAGUGCCAUGCUGUCCAGCCGGCCUGACCAUAACCCAGGUCACCCAGUCAGUCAUCAACGUGAGCUGGACAGUUGGGACCGGGGCCCUAACCUACGUGAUGGUUCUGGAGUCACCCGCCGGACAGUCUAAGUGUCACACGCAUCAGAACCACUGCCUCCUGGGAUGCAUCACAUGUGGUGUCAACUACACAGUGGCCUUAAAAGCCAUAAGUGCCACCGGGGUGACCGCGGACUGCGCCUACCACAGCUAUUCCUCUAGUGCCUGCUGCCCACUGGGGGUGAAGUUGUAUAGGCUGAGCCCCACUGGCGUCCGGAUCGACUGGCAGGCCUCCAGGGGCUCUGCCAACUACAGCACCGACCUCUACGGCUCCAAAGGCGUCUUCACGUGUUCUCCGAGCGCGGGCCUCAGUUUCUGUGACGUCACCGAGAUACCCUGCGGGGACGUAUAUACCGUGAUGGUCUCGCCAGUGGCCGAGACAGGCCUGAAGCUCACUUUCUGCCCGAAAAAAAUAUAUUCAGUAACCUGCUCUGGAAGUACACUUGGAAUGGUGAUUUACAGGGGGAAGAGGAAUGCAGAAUGA